GGCUUUUUCCGGAGAAGCAUCCAGAAGAACAUGGUGUACACGUGUCACCGGGAGCGCAACUGCCAGAUCGACAAGGUCACCCGCAACCGCUGCCAGUUCUGCCGCCUCCAGAAGUGCUUCCAGGUCGGAAUGUCCAAGGAAGCCGUGCGGAACGAUCGGAACAAGAGGAAAAAGGAGGUGAAGGAGGAUUUGGGUGGGGAUGAGCUGAGCCCCGAGCUGGCCGAGCUGGUGCGCAGGGUGAGCAGAGCCCACCAGGAGACCUUCCCCUCCCUGGGCCAGCUGGGCAAGUACACCACGAACUCGAGCGCUGACCACCGGGUGCAGCUGGACCUGGGGCUGUGGGACAAGUUCAGCGAGUUGUCCACCAAGUGCAUCAUCAAGAUCGUGGAGUUUGCCAAGAGGCUCCCAGGCUUCACGGGGCUCAGCAUGGCUGACCAGAUCACCCUGCUCAAGGCUGCCUGCCUCGACAUCCUGAUGCUGCGGAUCUGCACCCGCUACACGCCGGAGCAGGACACGAUGACCUUCUCGGACGGGCUGACGCUGACCCGGACCCAGAUGCACAAUGCGGGGUUUGGGCCCCUCACCGACCUCGUGUUCGCCUUCGCAGGGCAGCUGCUGCCGCUGCAGCUCGAUGACACGGAGACCGGGCUGCUCAGUGCCAUCUGCCUCAUCUGUGGGGGGGCAGAACGAGCCAUCACCCUGCGCACGGAGAUCCCGGGGCCGAUGCCCCCCCUGAUCCGGGAAAUGCUGGAGAACCCCGAAAUCUUCACCGAAGUGGGGGGAGAUGCACCCCCUCCACCCCCAGACCCUCCUGCCGCCCAGGACAGUCCCCCUGGCCCCCCCACAUCCCCAUAGCCCCCCCCAGCUCGGGGGGGGAUCUCCAAAACCCGUCCCCAGUGGGGUGGGACAUUCAGAGCUGCCUUCCAGGGAAGCUGCCUUCCUCCUCCCUUUUGCUCUGGGGAGGGGGAGCUCCCCAUAGUGCCCCCCCCUGAAUUUGGGGAAGGGGGCAGAGACUGACAGAGCAAAGCUAUUGCCUUAAGCUGGGGGCGUCUGGGGGCACCCCUCGAACCUCAGCUUCACGCCAAAGCCCCCUCAGACCCUGCUGCCACCUCCCCUUGUACUGGGGGGGCUGUGAGGGGGGGGAGAGUUGGGGCCCAGCACCUCCCCACCAAAUUAAUGCCUGACACUCCUGCGGUGCCCCCCCAUGGUUUAUUUAUUGGACACAGGGUGGAUUUGUGAGGGGGUACACACCCCCCUUCUCCCCCAGAACAUCCUGCCCCCCAAAUCUGGGGGGAAAUGUUUAUAUUGGUGGGGGGCGGCUUGUGGGUUUUGCUUUUUGAUGCUGUUGGGGUGAGGUGGAAAACCCCAAAACUGCCCUCCCCUGGUGCCCCCCCCCAAACACUACAGAGACCAAAGAUGGGGGACACAAGGUGACCCCCACAACCCCCCCCCCAAUUUUGGGGCGGGCUCAAGCCAUAGGGUGACCCCAAAAUCCUGGGGGUCCCCCCAGACCCAACUGCCCUCCCAAAUCUCUGUUACCCCCAGCCUGGCUGGAUUGUAGGGUCCGGCCUUACUGGCCCCUCUACAACUGCCCCCCUGAAUGUGGGGGUGCAGAGCCCUCAGGGGGAGCCUGUUACACUACACAGAAGGUCCCCCCCGGGGGCUGCACUUUCACCCCUAUUUAUUCCUCUGCGUUUACAUCGGGCCCCCUCAGAACAGGGCCCCCCCGCUGCUGCACCCUGCUAAUUCCCCCCUUUUUGGGGGGUCCCCCUGCCAUGUUUACAGCCCACCCACCCCCUCCCGCGCUCAGGGGGGACACGGGACUUUUCUAUUUUUGCAAAAUAAAGUUAUGGAAAUUUU